UUUUUGCUGUUAGGCAUAGUAAUAUAUUUACGUGAAAUGAAGGCGUCGCAAAUUCCCUUUUAAAAUACGUGUACGUUACAGCGUUUUCCUGUGUUUUUGUGUGGUUUCACUUCAACUGCCGUCGUAGCACUUUGUAGUCCGACUGAGAGAGGGGGUGGGGAAACGAUAGUUGUUUUGUGUUGCAUUCCUGCAGUGUGUCUGACCUUUGACCUCGUUGUUGUGUUCUCUCCGCCUUGCAUUCCAAAGUGAGGGUUUCCUGCAGUACACCAGAGGCGCUCGCAGCUAGGGCUCGCUCACUUUGCGCCCCAUUUGUAUUUACUACUGCUAGCCAGCUAGCCAGCCACCCACCUUUGUAGCCAACAUUACGGAGUACAUUAGCAUACAACAUAUGAUGAGUACGUCUGGCUAGGUAACUGGCUAGGGAAUACAAGACGAGCGAGAAAAACAAGUCAGUUGUUGGUAGCCUAGCAAAACGGGUGUCCUGCUAGGUAGCUCUAGCUAGCUUGCUAAAAAGCUAACCAGUUAGCGCGCACGGUUUUCUGACCCACCGACCGUAUUUAGCUUGCUUUGUGGCAGCUGAAGAUAGACGCAGCCCUACAGGGAGUAGUGUACCAAGCUUUCAGAGAGAAGGAAAUGAAGGACAAACAGAAGAGAAAGAAGGAGCGCACGUGGGCAGAGGCUGCUCGCAUGGUCCUCGAGAACUUCUCUGAUGCUCCAAUGACACCAAAACAGAUCUUACAUGUUAUACAGACAAAGGGACUCAAAGAGAUGAGGUAAUCUGGCACGGCUCCCCUAGCAUGUCUGGUGACCAUGCUGCACUCCCAAGUACGAGGAGACCGAGUCAAAAACAGCAUCUUCUUCAAGCUGCCUGGCAGGAUGAGCCUCUUCACAUUAAAGAAAAACGCCCUGCAGUGGACCAAGAGUGCUACAGAGUCAGACACAGUGGAAUCUGCCGCCACCACUACCCCAGCCUCCACCACCAGCACAGCAACAGCUGCCCCCGCAGACGAGCAGGAGAGCUGUGACUCCACAGAGACUACUGCUGCCAGUGGAGAGAACGAUGCGUCAGUAGAUGAGACCUCCUCGAGUGCCUCAUGCUCUACAGACCCUCCGCCCCAAAACCAGCCCCAGACCCGGCUGAGCAGAGCAGGACAGGCACGCUCCGACGCCCAGACCCAGCACACCCCGCCCCAGCAUGCCCAGACCAGGCUCAGCCGCUCCAGACAAUCUGGGAGACAGAGGAAGAAGGCCGUGAUGAUGCCACGCGUUGUCCUCACGCCGCUCAAGGUCAACGGUGAACACGUCCCCUCGGGAGCAGAAGGGAGGCGCAGGGAAGGCUCUAGGGGGGGUCCAGGCCCCACACUGCGCACCCGCCCUGAGCUGGGCUGGAAGCGCCCCCAGCACUUCAAGAGCAUGCGUGCCCACCGCUCAGGUCCGAUGAAGAGGAGCCGAGGAGGGGUAGAAGUGGACUUUGAGACCCCUGGAUCCAUCCUGGUCAACACCAACAUCCGGGCCCUCAUCAACAUGCGGACCUUUGCAGCCUUCCCGCCACACUCCCAACAGCAGCUCCUGCAGCUCCUCCCCGAGGUGGAUCGUCAGGCUGGACCGGACGGUCUGGCUCGUCUCAGUAGCUCGGCUCUUAAUAAUGAGUUUUUCACUCAUGCCUCCCAGAGCUGGAAAGAAAGGCUAGCAGAAGGUGAGUUCACUCACGAGAUGCAAGUGCGCUUCCGGCAGGAGAUGGAAAAGGAGAAGAAAGUGGAGGCGUGGAAGGAGAAAUUCUUUGAAGAGUACCAUGGCCAAAAAUCUGGCCUGACACGAGAGGAGUCUUUGAAGUUGACAAUGAGCGAAGCUGCAGAUGGCGCCACCAGUGUUUUAGACAGCGAGGUGGCCGCCGUGGCAGCUGGGACACCCAAGCGUCGGAGCGUAGGACGCAGACGGCGAGACGGCAGGAUGAGGAGGCGCACGCGGGCUGACCUGAGGCGCAGAGCACGGCGCACCCUCUGCAAGGCCACCACCCCAACUCUUCAGUCUCCGGAGCAGGCCGAGGGCACUCCCCCCCUAGAUGCCGUUUCAGUCUCUGCGUGCUCGCCCAUGGCUGAGGCUACUGUGGUCCAAGGAGAGGUGGUCCUGCAGGCUGAAUCUGGGUUGGAGGUUCCUUCGGAGUGUGCCUCCCCUGCCCCAGUGCCUUCCCCUGCCCCCGUUUCCUCCACCGUGCCAGGGCCCAGUUCGGUGCCCAGUUCGGUGCCCAGUCCGAGCCCCAGCCCGGCUUCCAUCAGUGCCAACGAGGAGCCUGAGGUCACGGCCCGUCUACUCCCUGAAGAACCCACACCUGCCAUGGCCUCGACAUCAUCUCCAUCCUCCUCUUCCUCUUCUUCCUCCUCCUCGUCCUCCCCCUCCUCCUCUCCCUCCUCCCCUUCCUCCGACAGGCCGGGGGUCUUUGCUGCCGGCCUGGACUCGUCCUCCUCGUCCUCGUCUGCCUCCUCCACCGCUGCAGCCGCUGUCGACCCGUUGGAUGACGGCGCCUCCGUGGUCACUUCCGUCACUGGUGGCACUGCCACCAGCAGCCGUGAGAGCAGCCCUGCCGCCAGCCCAGCGCCUGCCCCCUCCUCCGCCCAGCUCAAGGAUCAGAAGAGGAGGCCAGAUGAGCCCCAGGCCUUCUCCAGCUUUCCCGAGAAAAGGCCCCGGCUUGACGACCGUCAGUCCUUUCGUACCACAAUCGACAGUGUCCACUCGGAAAAGCCACAGCCGACAACCGAGGAACCCAAGGUCCCACCUAUCCGGAUUCAACUCUCCAGGAUCAAACCGCCCUGGGUCAAAGGCCCGCCCACCUACCAGAUCUGUCCCCGCAUCGUCCCCCCCGGCGAGGGCUCGCGGCGGUCGGGCACGGGGGCGCGCACCCUGGCAGACAUCAAAGCCCGGGCCCAACAAGCCAGGGCCCAGCGCGAGGCCGCUGCUGCUGUUGCAGCCACUGGCGACGGGGCAGGGCCGGGCGGGGGUGGGUUGCGGACUGGUACUGGGCUAUCGGAUCGCAGCAGUGGACGACGAGCGCGAGAGCACCCAGGACCUGUCGAGCCCGGAGGAGGAGGAGGAGGAAGAGCAGGGGGAGGUAGCUUGGAAGAGCAGGGAUCGCCUGCGGACUCUAAUUCGUCUGGAGCACAACUACAGUCUUCCACUGUAGAGCCCUCAGAGAGGACCCCUCAGCCUGCACCAUCACCCUCCCUGUCCACAACUUCUACGUCCUUGUCUUCCGAGCCCCCACAAACCCCUACUCCUCCUUCACCCACUAGAGAGGACAAGGCGGAGGAGCUCAGUGGAGAGGAAGGGACUGCAGCAGUGUCCCAAAGCACCUCCAAUGGACCUCUGGACGAGACGGCAACUUCUCCAGCUCUGGAGGCUGAGGCUGUCGCCAACUCUGCUGCCUCCGAGAGGACAGAUGGACCGGGUGAAAGUCUGUCCCUGGCUCCUACCUCCAUCCCAGACUCUUUACCCAGGUUUGGGGCCCAGGGUGUUGAUGUGAUUAGGAGCUUGGCAGCCCCCAGUCAGCUGUGGGAAGGAGAGCAGGCUAGAGCUGAACACAGAGGGUCUGGGGCGGGAGGAGGCGGGGUCAUCCAGCAUGGCUCCCACCACGUAGGGCCCCAGGAGGCCCCCCCUGCUUCAGGCAGAGAGGCUCGUAACCAGGCUGAAAGACAGCAAGCAGACACCCCACCCCUCACACAACUUCCCGUCUCGAUUAGAGAGAGGGUGGAUGAAUCCGGGGCUCAUAGUGACUCCACGGAGACUGCGUCUGAUUGUGAGAAUGAGAGCCAGGAAGACGAUCCCCUCAGUGAUUGGCACCAUCACCUCGCCAGCGCCCAGCGCAAUGGUACUACGCACUUACACAGAGGCUCCUUGCCGCUGCACAGCCAGCCAGUUAUCCACAGUCCUCCCCCUCAGAACCAGCAGCCGGUCAUCCAGGCCCACGUGUCGAGCCGGCACGGGCAGACAGUCAUCCAACCCCGCUUCCCCAACGGUCUGUCCAGUCAAGCACACCCUCAGUCUGCCCCGAAGCAGCAACAGCUGGCUGGACGUUCUCACCUCCAACCUCUAGACCACCAAGGUCACCCUCCAACUCAGUCCCAAUCUCAACGGGGCCACAGACUGAUGGAUGGAAGUGGAAACAUGUUUGCCAAAACAGAAACCAAUGAUGACUCUAAGGUAGGCAGCAGGGCCACUCCUGAGGAUGACUGUAGGGCGGGGAUCAAACCCUCUCAGACGCCCCCCAUUGCUGCUACCACUACAGGCUCUAAGAGGCUCCCCAACUCCAGCAGACCUGUUUCCACUGUGGAGGCUAACAAUCCCCUGGUCACUCAGCUGCUGCAGGGUAGUUUAUCCCUGGAGAAGGUCCUUCCCCAAUCCCACUCAGCCAGCAAGCUGGAGAUCAACCGGCCUGGGGCACCCCCAUCUGGCCCCCAGCCAAGGGGUCCUCCACCUAGGAACCCAGGCCCUCGACUCCGGGGCCAACCUGAAGCUACAGGGGAGUCCCCCUCUCCAGAGUUGUCGUCCUUCUCUCAGAGCCAGCAGAAGACCCCUGCAGGCCGCGGCUCCCCAGGGGCGGGCCGCUGCUUCGGGCCCUCCCCAUCUCGCAUGGCCUGCCUAAUGGAGGAGGCCUCAUCCCGCGCCACAGCCAUGCAGCAGUACCUCUCGCAACAGCCAGGUGGUGCUGUGCCACCAGGGGCAGUGCCUGUCAUAACCUCCCUCUCUUCCUCCUCGUCCUCUUCGUCGUCCUCCUCGAGACGCGGCUCAGACUUCAACUCCCAGAGUACAGCAGCCUUUGAGUCGGCUGUUAUCAGAGAGUCGUCUCUGCCUCAGGCUUCGCGGGGAGCCACUCCAGAUAGGCCAGCUGGUGUUCAGCAGUCCCCCUACCGGACUACUCCGGAUGCCCCCUCACCUCCUCACGGCGACCUCUGCCCCACCGAAGUGGUGCCCACCAUCAAGAUCAACUGGCACCCCUCUAAAGCCCUGCCCACUCAGACCCACCCCCACCAACAGCAACACUCACCUGCACCUAGCGUGAAGAAUGAGGUCACCUCGCGACCCUCUUGCCAAUCUCUUGCCAAAACCUCCCCUUCUGCUCCAAUAGGUAGUGGGGCACCGAUAGUUGUUACCAAAAAAGAGCCUCUGAACUCAGUGGACGGUUAUCUGGGUGGAGGCGCUAUGGAGGGACUGCUCAACAUGGAGAUGUCGUUAGCCAGGAUGGCCAAGAAGGAGCAUAACAAAUCUUCCUACUCCUCUGCCUCCCCUUCCUCCUCCUCCUCUCCAUCAUCCGCCUCGUCUGCCUCCUCCCUUCCCUUUCAGUUGUAUGGGAAGCUGCCCAAGCAAGGUGGAGGUGUUGGAGGAAGUGGCGGUGGAGGCAAUGCUCCUGGCUUUAGCUACACCGCCAAUGUGUCUGUUAUGGAUGGCAGUGGGUUUUCAAGAAGCAUCGCCGAUGGGGUCCUACAGCUGCGCCCACGACAUGGCUCUGCCCAGAGUGCUACUCUCAGCAUCCAGGCCUUUGCCGACAGUGCUGCAGAGGAGGUGGCACUGAAGUGCUCGUGCCGCCUCAAGGCCAUGAUCAUGUGCCAGGGCUGUGGCGCCUUCUGCCACGACGAUUGCAUCGGCCCCUCCAAACUGUGUGUGUCUUGUCUGGUGGUCAGAUAAGCGUGUUUCUACCAGUCUACACUACUGUGGGUAUACCUUUACACACCCAUUUAAAAUAUUCAAGUAUUAAACACCCAGAACUUAUGAAUAGGACAGAAGAGGGGUGUUUGGACGUGUACAGAACCCUGAUGAGGGUAGAGAGGGGAGGCACAGGGACAGGAUGUUGCCUUGUAUUAUAAAAUUGGUCUGUAUUUUUUUGUUGCACAUUUUUUCUAAUGCCGUUCUGAUGUUGUUAUUAUUAUUAUUAUUGUUGUUUAAUAUGUGAAUUUACAGGGCAUGGUUGGUUGUGCCUUUUUUUUUCUCUGAAACAUUUACCUCAUCUUAUCUUUACACACCCAUCAUCAAUUGUGUGAAAAUGAUGGCUGUUGUUUUUCCGUUCUCUCCUAGCUGGCACAUAGGGCUUCGAGAAACUUGUUGUUCUUGUCUCUUUUCGCAAAGAAAUAUUUUUUUAACCAUUAAAGCCAAUGGCAUUGUUUCCUUUUUUGUAUGUGCUUUGUCAUUUAGUUUUUCUUCCAAAGUUAUGUCUGUUCUUGCAGUUAACUUGCAGUUAAGCACAGUAUUCUGUACCAAUAAAACAAAGAAUGAGCAGUC